UUGUCCUUUUGCCACAACGAUAGCAUUAAUUCUAUGCUUCGAAGUCUUGUUGAUCCAAGUAAGCUUACGAGUGAGCAGCAGGAACACAUUGAUGUCCUCCAAAGCGAAAUAGACGAAAUAUGGAACCGACGCGGUGACUAUAAGAUCGACCCAGACGCCUGGGAAAACAUGCCCAUAUUUAUGGAAACCAUCACAGAGGAAGAUAUUGAAAAGAAUGAAAAUUGUGCCGCUCUCUCCUCCAUCGUGUAUGACGAAGUCCCGCCAGAUGAGGUUGCGGAAAACCGAAAGGAGCACGGCAACAGCAUGUUAAAGCUGGCACUAAAUCCAAACCAGGAGAGGCGUGAAAAUCUGGCGAAGGCGGCGUGCGAUAGCUACACUGAAGCUCUGCAGGCGAAAGGAAAGGACAUGCAGCUCACCGCCAUCAUUUACAGCAAUCGCAGUCUAGCGCGUUUUAUUAUUGGCAAUUACGGGCACGGCCUGGAGGACGCCCAGCGGGCCAUCAUACUAUCGCCGGAUUACCACAAGGCGUACUACCGCGCCGCGAAGUGCGCUGAACGGCUUGGUAAAUACGAUCUUGCGCUUGGCAUGCUAUCUCGUGGAAAGCAAGUUAAGCCUCCCCUGGACGCAAAGGGGUUACAGGAAUUUCAGGACUUGGAGAACGUGUGCCAUCAGGGCAAAUCAAAGGUGGAUGCUGAAAAAAAUAGGAAAAUACAUGAAGCACGGGAAAAGGCGGUGGAUGUCGUAAGCCUGACGCGUUACAUUACGUCGCUAGGAAUUCGUCUUUCAAAGAAGAGCGAAGUGAUGAGUGAACAAAUGGCAAUCUAUGGUAACCCACAACCGUAUUUUGAUACUGAGGGAAUGCUUCACGUCCCGAUUCUCUUUAUCUAUGACGAGUACCAACAGACCGACAUUAUGCAGGAUGUAUCGUGUGACCUGUGCACUGCGGAUCUGUUAGAUGAAAUGAUACCGUUUCCAUGGGAUGAACAGGGACGGUAUCGCAGCAUAGACGAUAUUGUGGUCUGCUUCAAUAUCGAUGACGGAAUAAAGGAGCCGGAAUACCACGUAAUUGAUGUGAGCCAGACCCUACUAGAGGUAUUUCGUGACAAGAGUUAUGUCAUGCCGGGGUUUUUGCCUGUUUUGCAUGUUCUAUGCAGAAGCAGUGAACUACUGGGUCGCUACAAGAUUAUAUGGAACCAUUAA